AGGCAUGGAGCUAAUGCAGGGACAACUGGCCAUUUCCUGCUCACACACAGAACGUGUGCUGUGCUUUUGAAGGUUUUAUUUCACGUUCAAACAUAUCGAUCAUCUCCUUUUUUCAAUGUUCCUUUCAGGCCACCAGUGAGCAGAGCUGCUCCUCAGCCCGAAAAACUGCAGAAGAACAACGUCCACAAAAAAAAGAAACUGGUUGAGGAGCUGGCUCUGGACCAUGUUUUUGGCUACAGAGGGUUUGACUGUCGCAACAACCUGCACUACCUGAAUGACGGGGCCGACAUCAUCUUCCACACGGCGGCAGCCGGCAUCGUCCAGAACCUCUCCACUGGCAGCCAGAGUUUCUACCUGGAGCACACCGACGACAUCCUGUGCCUGACCGUGAACCAGCACCCCAAGUACAAGAACGUGGUGGCCACCAGCCAGAUCGGUGACAUGACAGAAUUCCCAGGUACAACUCCCACAAUCCACAUUUGGGAUGCCAUGAGCAAGCAAACCAUUUCAAUGCUGCGCUGCUUCCACACCAAAGGGGUCAACUACGUGAACUUCAGUGCCACUGGCAAACUGCUGGUGUCGGUGGGGGUGGACCCCGAGCACACCAUCACCGUGUGGAGGUGGCAGGAAGGGGCUAAAGUUGCCAGCAGGGGAGGACACCUGGAGAGGAUCUUUGUUGUAGAAUUCCGGCCGGAUUCCGACACCCAGUUUGUGUCCGUUGGGGUGAAGCACAUGAAGUUCUGGACGCUGGCUGGCAGUGCUUUGCUCUACAAGAAAGGAGUCAUUGGCUCCAUGGAAGAUGCCAAAAUGCAAACCAUGCUUUCUGUUGCCUUUGGAGCAAAUAACCUCACGUUCACGGGUGCCAUCAAUGGAGAUGUCUACGUGUGGAAGGACCAUUUCCUGGUCAGGCUGGUGGCCAAGGCUCACACAGGCCCCGUGUUCACCAUGUACACGACGCUGCGGGACGGACUCAUCGUGACAGGAGGGAAGGAGAGGCCCACCAAGGAGGGGGGAGCAGUGAAGCUCUGGGACCAGGAGAUGAAGCGGUGCCGGGCCUUCCAGCUGGAGACGGGGCAGCUCAUCGAGUGCGUGCGCUCCGUGUGCCGGGGCAAGGGGAAAAUCUUAGUGGGAACAAAAGAUGGAGAAAUCCUUGAAGUAGGAGAAAAAAACGCUGCUUCAAACUUGUUGAUUGACUGUCACAUGGAAGGGGAGAUCUGGGGCUUGGCAACUCACCCCUCCAAAGACAUAUUUAUCUCUGCAAGCAACGAUGGAACAGCGAGGAUCUGGGACCUGGCAGACAAAAAGCUGGUGAACAAGGUGGCCCUGGGGCACCCGGCCCGCUGUGCCGCCUACAGCCCCGACGGGGAGAUGGUGGCCAUCGGCAUGAGGAACGGCGAGUUCGUCGUCCUGCUGGUCAACAGCCUCAAGGUCUGGGGCAAAAAGCGGGACAGGAAGUCAGCAAUCCAGGACAUCAGGAUCAGCCCAGAUAACAGGUUUCUGGCAGUGGGGUCACAGGAACACACUGUGGAUUUCUAUGAUCUCACCCAAGGCACAACCCUGAACCGAAUCGGGUACUGCAAGGACAUUGCCAGCUUUGUCAUCCAGAUGGACUUCUCUGCAGACAGCAGGUACAUCCAGGUCUCCACGGGCGCCUACAAGCGCCAGGUUCACGAGGUGCCCCUGGGGAAGCAAAUCACAGACCCUGCAGCCAUAGAGAAGAUCACCUGGGCCACGUGGACCAGCAUCCUGGGAGAUGAAGUCCUUGGGAUCUGGCCCCGCAACGCAGACAAGGCAGACGUGAACUGUGCCUGUGUGACCCAUGCUGGGCUCAACAUCGUCACGGGGGACGACUUCGGGCUCGUGAAGCUCUUUGACUUCCCCUGCACAGAAAAAUUUGCCAAACACAAGCGGUACUUUGGGCACUCGGCGCACGUCACCAACAUCCGCUUCUCCCACGACGACAAGUAUGUGGUGAGCACCGGGGGAGACGACUGCAGUGUGUUCGUGUGGCGGUGCCUGUGAGGAGCCUGUUCCUGCUGCAGGGACUGGGACAGCCAGGAAGGCCCCGGGAUGGUGCCCGGGGGGCACCUGCAGAGCACUCACAGCCCCGGGACAGCCCCAGGGCCUGGGAAGGAGGCCGAGGUCUGCAGGGAACCCUUUGGGGCCCUGGGAGGCCAAAGGGGGAACAGUCCACUCACGGAGCUGCUUUGGCCCAGUCCUGUGCUGUUCAAACCAGGGCUGCAAAAGGAGAAAACACUGAGAAAAUCCCGGGCUCUUCCCUUCCCAAAUUCCAGGCCUGGCCGUUUGGGCAGGAGGGGGAGGCUCCGACCACCCCCGCUGCCGAAUCCACCCGGGGGCCCCCAGGAAAGCUGGGAGCCUUUCCUGAGCAGGAGGGGGGCACGCUGCAGCUUUCUGGAAUUGGAUGAGCAAAGGAUCACGGUUUUAAGUCCAUUUUGCUUUUAAAUACAUACAUUUGGCUAAAUUUCUCUCCAUGAAGUGCCUUGGAAUACUUUUCCAGCAGUCUGGGCUCCAGCCUUGCCUCCCACCCCCUGCUUUCCACACACGGUGCUACGACUCUGGGCCCAGGAGGGCUGAGCCACCCCCUGCUCCAGCUGGACUGACCCCAUCCCUGGGCUCUGCCUGGCCUUUAAUACCUCCCCAGGGAAUUCCCACAGCAUUCCGUGCUGCCAGAGGGACCAGCUGAUGGCACUGCCCCUCCUGGGCAGGGGGCACACAGGGUUUGCACACCCGGGCACACUCACCCCCACACCCACACCGAGGCUCAUUCCCGCAGAGCUCCUGCCCUCUGCUCUUCCUGGGAAAAUGUGCUUUACAGGGAGCUACUUCCACAGGCAGUGGCCAGCCAGAACCCUGGAAAAAGCCCCCAGGGAGCCCUGUUUCCCAUUCCAGAGGGGCUCCCUGGAAUGUCCCUGGAGGGCCCUUGAGCUCCUCUCCCCAUCCUGCUGCUCCUGCUCCCGGAGCCCCUUGGCCCAGCCCGGGCACUGGGGCAGCUGAACUGAGCCCGGAGCUGCCCCGGGGGGGACUGGGACCACAGACAUUCCCAAAAGGAAAGGAAAGUCACUCUCCACUUGUUACAACCUUCUGCCAGAACCAAAACCCCCAGGGAUGGUGGACCUGGAAAAAGCAAGUUCAGCUUUUUUCACAGAAACUGUUCAGAAAGGAACAGCAAACGUGGGCAAUGUCCAAACUGGCAUUUAAGCCACUUAAAAUUGCUGGUGUGGAACCACUACCAGAUUUUUAAAUUACCUUUCCUUGUUAAUUAAAAUAAAUAAAGGCUAAAACAAACCAUGUAGACUUACUUACAUUUAGUCUUUGCAAAGCAAUGCUAAAUAGUGCUUUAGUCCCAGUUCAGGACAACAGGGUCUGAGCUCUGGAACCUUCCUGCCAGGCCACUCUGCUGCCACUGCAUGGAAAAGUAGCGAAAACAUCCCGUUAAAGGAGUGGAUUCCUGCUUGUUUAACACACAAAGUGCUUCAGCAACCUCAAAAAUCACCUUUUUUUACGGCUGAAUUUAUUAAUGCCUUAUAUGACUGCCCAGCAGAGCAGUUGGGCACACACAGAGCAGUCCCUGUGCAGUCUGUUUUUAGGGAAACCUCUGGGAUCCAAUCCUGUUCUGUCACGUGGUGACAUCAGUGAGCUCCUCUGCUGUGCUCUAAUCAAUCAUCUUUGCCUUCCUUCCACAGUGAUUGUAUCCCAAAUAACUGCAGUUGUGUGGCAGAAUUCAUUAAUUAAUUAAUCAAGUGAUGUGAAAAGUACCUUAAAGCAAUAGUGUGUGUCAGGAAAACACAGUCUCUGUUUCUCUGCUCUGGCUUCACGUAUGAAGUGUUCCAAGGAACGCUGUAUUAAACUGUAAACUAAAACAUUAAUGCAUGACUUUAUAUUUUCAAUGGUCAAGAUGCCAUUAAAGGAAAAUCUCUGUCUCAAAUAAAUUUGGAUACAAGUU